CGUUUGUCUAUUAUUAAAGAAAUGUAAAAUUAGUUCCUAAAAAACGUGGGAUAAGAAAGAUCGGAAAAAUUUGCACGUAAAUAAGAAUAUAAUAAUUUUUUUCUUUAAUUUUCAAGGACAAUAACGCUCUCCCAGCCAUUUUUUCGCCACUUUCUAAAAGAACUAGAUUCGGUCGGCAAAAUCAGUUAUAAUAUGAAAAUAAUUUAGUUUAAAUUUCAGAAAUAUUUUUUAUUUUAAAUUUAAUUAUAAUUUUAUUAAAAAGAAUUUAAUGGAAUUUUUUGCAAUAUUAAAUCGUUUUUUUUCUUGUGAAUAAAAAAGUUAAUUAGAUAAUUUGGUGUUACGUAAAAAAGAAAUUUCUAAUAUUUUUUCUUAAAAUAAAAUAGUCAAAAAAAAAUUUACGAAGUUUUUUCUUGGUGAUAUUUUAGAUAAUUAAAAAAUAAAAAAAAUAUUAAAAUUUUUAUACUAAAAAUUAUUAUAAUGGAAGAGGAAAAAGUGGAAAAUGCGGCGCUAACGAAAGAUAUAAAUAAAAAAUUUCCAGAAAAUAAUGAGGAAGAGCUCGCUCGUCGUAAAUUUCCGAAUGCCGCUGAAACUAUUUCAACGCCAAAAUUACAAUCUAGCUUUUCACAAAAACUCCCAACGGAACAUAUAGCCUCUACAGCAAAAUUUCCAGUUCUGGAAAACACUGCCUCAGAUAUUGAUUUUCGUCCAAGAAGUAGUUCAGCCCGUUUAAUACCACGUCACCGUAUGGAAAGUAUAAAUGAAAAUGAAUCUCAGGCAUUUCAAUACCAAUCUUCUUCUCCUCAAACUCCAAUACCACAGAUAUCAUUGACUAGACCGCCUUUUAAUCCCUCGUCAUCAAUUCCAUUAUCAUCAACACCUCCAUCGUUAACAUCAAAUCGAAGAAAAUCUUCAUUAAUUGAAGAAAUUGACAAUAUUAAUGAAAUAGUUUCAAAUUUACAACAACGCCGAAAAUCUUUGCAAAUAAUGUUGAAGGAUCGUAAAGAUAUUUUAACGUCAACAACAUUUAGAGAACGUCCAUAUCGUCGGAGUAUAUCACAUGUACCUAUAAUUACAUAUGAAAGUUCAACGUCACCAAAUAAUUCCGAUUUUUCCAAAUUCAAUAGAAAAUUAUCGCAGACAUCUCAAACAUCACAAACAAGUGAUUUUACACCAGAAAUGUUAAAAAAUUUAACUGGUAAAAGACGACGUUCAAUGCAACGAUUAAUGGAUCACUUUCCAAGUGAAACAUCGCUAAAAGUCGAUUCAAUAAAUAAUUUCCGGGGACGUGCUAAAUCUUUGCUGGAUCCAAGGAGAUUAAUAGGAUCUAAACCUUUUGAUGAACAUCGUCGUAGUUCUCUACAAAAUUCUGCUGGUAUUUUAGAUAACAGCUUAGAAAGAGUGUUUGAUUUGAAGAAACGUCGAAGAUCAUCACAAAUGUCGAAUUUAGAAGAAAAUAGAACAAAAUCAUCUUUAUUAUCACUUGCUAAUUCUCGAAAAGAUGAAUAUAAGUCCAAACAAACAUUAAAUGAGAAUGGUAACAUUGAGACAACUGAAAAUUAUUUAGAAGAUUUCAAAUCAAAAUCACCGAACUUAGUUGAAAUUAAAAUUGUGCAAGUUCAAGUUGAUAAAACUGGUGAGCCUGAAACACCGCUUAUACCACCUAAUGAUAACAACAUACCAUUGCAGCUACAACAUUCAAAUACAACGAAUAAUAAUAAUAAUAAUAUAAAUAAUAAUAAUUUAUUGCAAAAUAAUAAUAGGAAAAGUAUUUCAAAUUUAUCGGUACGUCGUCGUAGCUCAAUAUCACAUCAAGACGGUGGUACAACUAUUACUCAAAGUACAACAUACGUUUCACCAGAUAAUAAAUUUUAUGAAGAAACUGUUGAGACAUUUCAUAUUGUCGAUGAAGAAUCGAGUAGUUCCAAAUCAUCAUCAAGUACCAAUAUUAAUAACAACAAAAUGGCACCAAAAGUUGACGCUGUAUCAAAAAUUACGGGUCAGUGGGGUAAAUGGCAAUUACGUACUGUAUUGCUGAUAUUUUUGUGCAAAAUACCGUCAUCCUGGUUUAUGGCAUGCAUAAUAUUUACAGCACCAGCUCCUAGGCAUGGAGAAUUUUAUUGCAAACCACCAGAGACUAUUGAAUCAACAAAUCACACACAAUGGAUUAAAAUUUCACAUCCGGAAAAGGAAGAAGCUGAUGACCAUGAAUUUAAUAUAGACUUUUGUAAUGUAUACCAAGAUGCAAGAGCUCAUGCGCAUGAAUAUUUUCAUUAUGAUUCAGAGACAAUGGAACCAAAACCGUGGGAAAAACCAGAAAAAAACGGUGCUGUAAUACCUUGCAAUUCAUUUGAACAUAAAGCAGAUUAUCACUCAUUAAUAACUCAAUUCGAUUUGGUUUGCUCUAGAGAUAUACUUGUAGCCGUAACACAAUUUUUUCAUCUUUUUGGUGUUUUAACUGGUGGUAUGCUAGCAACACAUUUACUAAAACAUUUUAGUCCCAAAAGUAUCAUGUUAUUCGGAAUGUUAACUCAGAUAUUCUGCGGCAAUAUGACGGGUCAUGUUGUUUCUUAUGAGUUACAUGUUUUCUUUAGAUGUCUUUCAGCUGUAUGUUGUGCUCAAAUGUAUACUGCUGGUGCAAUGAUUUUUACUGACAUAACGGGAGGUAAAUAUCGUACAACUUGCGUAUGUUUAUUCGAACAAUUUUGGUCAAUUGGUGUUAUAUUACUUCCGGCAGUCUCAAGCUUUUUUAAAAGUUGGACACAUAUUUAUAUGGCAAUUUCAUUUCCUACCAUAAUUUUAGUAUAUUUAUGGAAAUGGAUUCCGGACUCACCACGUUGGUUACUGCAACGGGGGCGAUUGCAUGAAGCUCGAGAAAUUUUAAUACAAUGUAUUGAAAUUAAUGGUACACAAGAUAGUCUUCCACUUGAUAUAGAUCAUCAAUUAAAACAGCAAUCAAUCGAUUUAAUCAAUGCACCACCACCAGCCGGUUGGUGGACUAUAUGGAAGGGUGAACGAGCUGUUUUGCAUAUGAUUUGUGUUCAUUUGGCUUGGUCAAUUUAUAUUGUUAUUUAUUAUGGAAUGUUAUUAAAUAUUAGGGCAUUUUCAAGAGAACAUUUAGAGGUUAAUACAGUGAUUGCAGGGUGCAGUGAAAUUAUAGGUACAUUUAUAGGUUUAUAUUUAAUAUUAAAUACAUCAAUUAAGUGGCAAGCUACUGGAAUAUUUAAUAUUAUUGCUGGUUGUAUAGCUUAUUUAGCAUGGAUAAUACCACCUGAAAUUAAAGGUAAUAAUAGAGUCGCAUUAUUGAUGUUAUCAGCUAUGAUAUCAAAAAUUGCUAUAUCAUGUACUCUGUCAAUAUUAACAACAUGUACAGUAGAAUUAGUAAGUGAUGAAAAGAAAAAAAUAUGUGCCUAUUCAACAAUUGUAUGGGCUAGAAUAUGGUUACUAACAGCACCAUUUGUUGGUGCUACUAUUAUUUUUGGUCAAUUAAUACCACAAACAUGUUUUGCUUCAUUGGCAAUUGUUGGUGGAAUAUUAACUACAUGCAUAAAUAGUCCAAGAACGAUACCACAAUCAUCACCUCAAACAAAAGUACCUAAUACUAAAUUAAAUUCAAAUCUACCUCCGGAAUUAAUGCCAGGUAUAUGGACAAUUAAACAUCAUGAUGAAAAAUACCGUAUUUGAUGGUUAAUGAAUGAUAGCAGCAAUACUAAAACAUCCUACGUUUAGAAAUAUUGUAAUAAUAUAAAAAUUAUUUUUAGUUGUUAUAGAUUUUAAAAUUAUAUGGAUAUAUUUAUAUAUUAUGCGAAAAUAUUCACCAUAAAUGAAGAGUGAUUUUUAAUUUGUACACCUAGGAUAAUUUUUAACAAAAUAAUUUGAUAUUUUUAAAAUGCAAUAAAAAAAUUACUACUACUUAUACGAGUCGGAAGUAGUUAUGUACAUAUAAAGACAGUAAAAUAAUUGUACAAGAGUUAUUAUUAUUAAAAAUAUUAAAUAAGUUAGACAGAAAAAAAGUGAUAUUUAUUUUGUUGAAAUUACAAUGUAAUUAUAGGAAAUGUAAGUAAAAUUCAUUUGAACGGAAACGCUAAUAAGAAUAUGUACAUUUAUUGAUAAUAAAUAAAUUAUGUGACCUAAACAUCAUAUGAAAAUAUAAAAAAACCCAUAAAGAAUAAAUAUUCUUAAAAAUUUAGAUAACACAUGUAACAUAUUUUACUCAAAGAUGUAUUUGCUCCUUUCUUUCCUUUUAUAAAAUAGGCUUUUAUAAGCUGGUUUCCUUUUAUAAAAAAUGUUCAACAAUACUAUUACAACAUAAAUUAAAGAGUUUUUAUUCAGAAAUUUUACGCUAAAUACAUAAACUGUGAUAUAUAUUUAAGCCAAUACUUCCCAAUUGUAAAAUAUCACAUUUGAUUUUGAUUUACCAUUGAUUGUAUUUGCAAAAAUGCAAUUAUUAAUAAUAAAAUUAUUCAGUUUUUCUUUCGUUUAUAUUAAGUUCACAUGGUUUCAAAUGUAAUUUUAUAAAAGCAGACAUAACUUGAACACGAGUACCUGGAAAAAAAUGGCUAUAGCUUUUAUACUAUAUUAAUUGUUGCAAUAACCAUAAUAGAAAACAUUCGUAUUCUAAUUUCAUUGUUUUGAAAAAAAAAAUAUCAAAAUUUUACGAAAUACACAUAAACGUGUGUUUAAUAGUUUAAGAUAGAAAUUAAAAAAAUUUAAAAACAUUCAAAUUUUGAUGCCAAAUAUAGUAGUAUUAAAUAAUUAAAAAUUAUAUAAAAAAGAACUAAUACUCAAAUAUCUGCCUUCCAUGGGUUUAAAUAAAAAUUUAAAAAUUGAGUAUCAUUCUAUAUGUAUGUAAUAUCAGCAAGAAAAAGUGUAAAUAUUUGUUUAUAAAUAGCUAUAUUUUUCAAAACUUAUAUCAGAAAUUAUUCAAAAAUAAAAUAAAAAAUUAAUCUGUACAAAGUAGCUUAUUGAAGAGCAAAGAUACUUAUACUUUUAUAAAAUUGCAACGCUAAUAAAAAAUAUCCUCAAGUAUAUACAAGUUAAUGUUAAUUUUUUUUAUAAUAAAUUAUGCAAUUUUCAAAAAUAAUGCAUUAUUUAUACAAUUAUAACUUUAAGAAUUUAAGGAGCAAAAUAUGUUCAUGCAAAUACAUACAUAUGUAUAUAUGUAUUUCGAAAAAAAUUAAACGUAUAAAAGAAUUAAAAUAGCAAAAGUGUUUAAAUCUUUGGUGACAAUAAACAGUAACUUAGAUCGAUAUAAGAUAAAAAUCAGUUUUACUAAUUUCAAACUAUUUUCUUUUUCUUUUUUAUUUGGCAUGCACUCAUAAUUAAAAUAGCGCUAAAAGCAGUUUGACUUAGGCUACUAUUUAUUGUUGCCACAGAAAUUAUAAAAAUCAUUAUCAUAUGUUAAAGAAGACUAUUUGUCCAACUUACUUUUUAAAAACAAUAUUGGUUUGCAAAUUUAAAUAUAUGUUAUUUUAAAAAUAAUUCUUGUAAAAAUAGUUCUUUACUUUUUAAUUUCGUUAUGUAAAUUAUUAAGAAAGAUAGUUUUUAUAUUAAUUAACCUGUUUCAUAAGUUUAUUCAAUCGUCCAGUAUUGGUGUUUUCAUAUUUUUGAAAUUUUUUGACACCUGUAACGAUUAUUAAAUAACAACUAUUAUAAAAUAAACGUUAUUUAGUUAAAUUAUUUUGAACCAAGAUGAUAAAAGUGAUUUGGCUGCGAUUUAAAAAUAUUAAAUUUCAUACAAAGUUACAUAAGGUAACGAUCCUUUUAAAUUUUUCUUAAAUUUUUUUCAGAUUGUUGAACAAUACGCAUUGCAUGCAAAGGUUUGUGAGAUUAAUGAAAAAUUUUCUCAUUUACAAUAUACGAGUAAUAUUCCGAAUUUACAACAAACGCGCGGUGAAUUUUUCAUUUAACAAAAUUUUUAAUAAAAAAUUUACAAAAUUCAGGAUUCAUCGCUGACGCAGAAAUUUUGCCGGGGUAGGAUGUACAUUUUUAUUAGGAAAGAAUGUUGUUUUAUGAGUAUUUCUAAAUUAUAAGCAACUAUAUAACGUUUUUUGAUCUAAUGAAAUAAACUGUUUAUUAGUGUAAAAAAACGGAUUUUAGAUAACGAAAAGUUUUAGCGGCCAUUUUAACGGUAGAAAAAUCAUCUACUACUCGUCUGCGUUUGUAAAAGUCAAAAGAUCUUUGUGAUUUUGCUCUAAUUAACAGUUAACAAAUGACAUUUUUUAUGUUUAUGGGGGGGACUAUAACUUUUAGAGAGUUUCUUGUAAAAAUCUAUGAAAAUUUGAAAUUUCAGUUUUCUAUCUUCAAGGGUGUAGAAAUUUUGUAAGCGAGACGUAAAUAAAAUAAAGUUUUUGCAUUGUAAAUAUUUCAGCACGGUGUUUUUCGAAACAUUGAAAACACAUUUUUCUUAAAUGUAUCACAAUGCUAAAAGAAAAAUUUCAUUAUUAAAACAUUUGUAUGCAAUGAAAAAUUGCCGCAACAACAAUCGAAAAAACUUAAAAUCGUCCGAUUUUUAGGAUGUGAUUACAUCAUCAUUUAAAAAGUUUUCUAAAAGACAUAAAUUACAACUACAGAAUAUGGUGAAUUGAAAAUAUGAACUUAAGAUAAAGAACUUUUAAUUGAAUCUACAUAACAAUUGCUCACCAAUUAAAAUGGAUUCAAUGCAUAACAUUAUACUUAUGAAAGUGCACCAUUUAAUUAUGUACAACAUAUUUUGUAAAAAAUUUCCUAUGUCCUCAUAAAAAAACUGAUCCUGUGAAAAGACACUAAUAAAAUUUUAAUUUUAUUAAUACAACAGAAAAAAAUACAUACAUAAGUACCUACCUACAUAUGUACAUAUACCACAUUAUUUGUAAUAUUUUAAAUAAAGCAAUAUAAUUUUUCUAGA